AUGUCUGUCGCCAGCGCCCCUCAACCGCCUUAUCCCAUCCAUGAGUCCGUCCGCGAUAAAUUAAGCCCCGAGUAUGUCUCAUUCUACAAUCAAUACAUUAUCAACAACCAGCAAGUCCACUACCAGCCCGUGAAAGCAUCACGCACAAGUGGCACUCUUAUCCCAGGGGGUGGCUCAUUGCUCACUGUGGGGAACACAGAGGACAUCUCCAUUCAACGCAAGGAAACUCCCGGACCCGACGUGAAGGUACGCUGUUUUACGCCUGCAGGAGGAAUACCAAAGGGAGGUUGGCCGGUGUUGUUAUAUUUCCACGGUGGCGGAUGGGUCCUUGGAACGAUCGACACCGAAAACACGGUGUGCACCAAUAUAUGUGUUCGCUCAAACUGUGUCGUCGUGACUGUCGACUACCGUCUCGCACCCGAACAUCCCUGGCCAGCCGCGGUCCAUGAUAGCUGGGAAGCCUUCCAAUGGCUAGUCUCCGAUGGUGUUUCUUCACUCAACAUCAACACGUCCAGGAUGGCCGUAGGCGGGUCCUCUGCUGGAGGAAAUCUCGCGGCAAUCGUCUCGCAGAAAGCCCUCAAACUAUCUCCACCCGUCUACUUCAAGUCCCAGGUACUCUCUGUCCCUGUGACCGAUAACACGGCAAUGGUCGCCAGCAACAGAACAUAUGCGUCGUAUGAGCAUACAGCGGCUCUGCCGGCGGAAAAGAUGCUCUGGUACCGAAAGCACUACCUGCCCGAGGAGAAGGAUUGGGCGCACCCCGAAGCUAGUCCCCUAUUCUACAAAGGUGACUGGUCACGGCUUCCACCUGCGUUGAUUUUAGUCGCUGAGCUGGAUGUGCUGCGCGCGGAGGGCGAGCAGUAUGGAGACAAGUUGCGCGCUGCUGGUGUAGCGGUGGAUAUACAGGUCAUGGCUGGAAUGCCCCAUCCUUUCCUCGCGAUGGAUGGUGUGUUGAAGGAGGGGAAAAGGGCGAUUACUUUGAUGUGUGAUACGCUGCGCAAGGAUCUCUGGCAGGAAUAA